AUGAGUGCAGAUAAUUCACUGAAGAGAAAGAGAAGCCAGAUAUGGAAUAAUUUCAAACUUACUGGAAAUGAGAAAAAAGCAAGGUGUUCCUACUGCUCAAGUGACAUUAGUAUAACUUGCGGUUCUUUGAGUAAUCUGUCACGCCAUUUGAAAUCAAAACAUCCAACAAUAUCCACUACUAGGAGUGAGACACAACAACCACCGAUAAAUACAGCGUCUCAUCAUACAAGAUGUGAAGAUGACGUUCAAGACAAUACACCUGAACCGUCACAAGGUACCAUUGCAACUGUAAAUUCAACUGAAGUUGCUACAGGUUUUUCGUCCACUGUAAAAACUGUUCAAACCAAGCAACAAGCAACCUUAGGUAGCUAUUUCAGCAGCAAUAGGCCAGUGUCUGUUAAGCGCUCAAAAGAAUUGGAUGAGCAACUGCUAACAUUUAUUAUCAAGGGUUUCCACCCAUUUAGCAUUGUGGAGGAGGAUGAGUUUAAAAAGUUUGUCCAUUCUCUUUGCCCAGCAUACAAUCUUCCCACGAGGAAAACUGUAUCUAGCAGUUUGCUAUUGCGUCUCUACAACAGCACUGUACAGGAAGUGCGCUCAACCUUGCAAGAAGUUGAUGCAGUUUGCUUAACUACAGACUCAUGGACUUCUUUGAAUAAUCAAAGUUUUAAUGCAAUCACAGCGCAUUUUAUUAAUUCAGAAUGGCAGCUACGUUCAGUUCUCUUAGAAUGUCUUGAAAUGCCAGAAAGACACACUUCAGAAAAUCUAUGUAGACGGUUAAAAGACACAGUGCAUGAAUGGGGUCUGGAAAAUAAGGUGGUUGCUGUUGUCACAGACAAUGCAGCUAACAUUGUAGCUGCUGUCAGAUUGUGCAAAUGGCGACAUCUACCAUGUUUUGCACAUUGUGUGAACUUGGUAGUUCAUGCUGGAAUUUCGGUUUCUGGCAUUCAUAUUAUUAUAAAUAAGAUUAAAGGUAUUGUUGAAUUUUUCAAAAAAAGUUCCCAUGGCCUUACAAAAUUGCAUGACACUCAGAAACAGAUGGGACUACCAGAGCUGAAACUGACCCAAGAUGUUCCUACUAGAUGGAACUCUACUUUGGACAUGAUAUCCAGGAUCGUCAUGGUAAAGGAUGCAGUAGUUGCCACCUUAGCUGUGCUACACACAGAACUGAAUACCUUGACAUCCCAUGAAUGGACAGUUGCUGAAAAAUCAAUAGAUGUACUACAGAUUUUUCAAGACGUCACAGUGGAAGUUAGUGCUGAAAAAUCUGUGCCCAGAUCAAAAGUGAUUCUUUUUGUAAAAAUUAUGAAUAAGAAAAUGGAGUCAUUGUUGGCUGAGCAAUCAACGCCAACAGAAAUAACAUCUAUGGUGACAAUUUUGAGGGAGCAACUUGCUCGAAGAUUCAAAGACCUGGAAGAUAACGAACUUAACAAUCAGGCAACACUUUUGGACCCAAGAUUUAAAAGGUACGGAUUUUCAGAUGAGGCUAAAUUUCACAUGGCGUAUGAAAAUCUGAAGAGAAAAGUGUGUGGAUUGAGAAUUACAGAAGAAAUACCUAUAGCACCUGUGGAAGAAACUCAAACCUCACAAUCCAGCUCAUGCCUAUGGGGUGAUUUUGAUACAGAAAUCAGCAAAGUUGUUGCAGUACAGAAUCCAGUGGCUGCAGGAAUUAUAGAACUGGACAGAUACAUGCAACAACCCAUCUUAAGGAGGACUGAGGACCCACUACUUUGGUGGAAUGAAAGAAAAGAAAUCUAUCCAAGACUUUUUCAACUGGCAAAGCGGUGA